AGGGGGGAAUAAACCAGGAAACAAUAACGUGGAAAAAAGAAUAGCGAGCCAGCUCGAGGCGGGGGAUCGGAACCCUAGGCGAGGCCGGCGGCGAUGGCGGCAGCGGCGGAGACGUACAUCGGGAGCGUCAUAAGCCUCACGUCCAAGAGCGAGAUCCGGUACGAGGGCGUCCUCUACACCAUCAACACCGAGGAGUCCAGCAUCGGGCUCAGGAACGUUCGUUCAUUUGGAAGCGAAGGCCGUAAGAAGGAUGGCCAACAGAUUCCUGCUAGCGACAAGAUAUAUGAGUAUAUACUCUUUCGAGGAAGUGAUAUAAAGGAUUUACAAGUCAAAUCCUCUCCACCAGCUCAGCCUGCUUCAUUACACAAUGAUCCAGCUAUUAUUCAGUCACAUUAUCCUCGUCCUACAUCAGUAUCUACAAGCUUGCCUCCUGCUGCAAGCACAACGGCAGCUGACCAGGCGGCACAAAAUGGUCAGUCAGGAAUUCAGAUGUCACCUCCAUUUCAAGGGAGUUUGCCUCCUACCUCACAGAGUAUUCAGUCAGGAAUUCAGAUGCCACCACCAUUUCAAGGGAAUUUACCUCCUACCUCACAAAGUGUGCAGCCAGGCAUUCAGAUGCCACCACCAUUUCAAGGGAAUUUGCCUCCAACCUCACAAAAUGCGCGGCCAGGAAUUCAGAUGCAUGUGCAGUCAGGUAUUCAGAUGCCACCCCCAUUUCAAGGGAAUUUGCCUCCAACCUCGCAAAAUGUGCAGCCAGGAAUUCAGAUGCCACCACCAUUUCCAGGGAAUUUGCCUCCUAGCUCGCAAAAUGGUCAGCCCGGGAUUCAGAUACCACCACCAUUUCAGGUGAAUUUGCCUCCCACCUCACAAAAUGUUCAGUCUGGGAUUCAGAUGCCUCCUCCAUUUCAAGGGAAUUUGCCACCUACCUCACAAAAUGUUCAUUCAGGGAUUCAGAUGCCACCUCCAUUUCAAGGGAAUCCAUUUCAACCCCCACCUAGCUUACCUUCAUGGAACUCGUCUCCUAUGGCAUCAUCUGUAAAUGGAAGUGGCCUUGCAAUGCCUCCAAUGUACUGGCCGGGAUAUUACACCCCGCCAACUGGGUUUGCUCAUUUGCAGCAACCAACCUUUUUACGCCCCCCACAUGGUUUGGCAGUUCCUCAGGCCCUGCAGCAGUCUUAUCCUGGACUCAAUGCAUCUUUGCCAGCUGGGUUUCCAAGCAUGCCAGACUUUCCUUCUUUACUGCAACCUAGUAAUAUUCAAAGCCAAACAUUAGGUGUAUCUGCAGUCCCUGCCUCAUCAAGUGCAUCUGCAACUGAAACACAAGUGAGCCAGCUCCCAACUAUACCGUCAGCUGUUCCUGCUUCUGUAAUCUCUCUGGGUUUAACUCCCCCAUCUGUCAGUCCUUCAACUUCCAUGAUUGAACCCAGCAUCUCCGUGUCCCAAGGCAUGCCUUCUACAUUGAACAAUAAACCGGUUGUUCUACCUGACUCUAGUGUGGCUUCUCUCAGCAGUGACAAGCCUGGCAGUGUACAUGCUUCUGUUUCAACUUAUCAACCUUCCCAGGCACCAUCUGCUAACAUCGCAUCUGGUGUGAUCAGUGGUGCGGAAUCAAUUGCACUGGUCUCUCCUGGACAACUUCUGCCUACUAAUUCCUCGACUUCGUCACAGACCGUGCAAACUACUGCUGUGGCUCCACCUUCUAAACCUCCCUCUUUGGUUUCAUCCUCUCAGACUGCCUCUAUAGAUCCAUCAUCACACCCCGCUUCCUCUGCAGUUUCACGACAGAAAGUUUCUUCUGCUGCUGUUCCAUCAUCACGACAGGUGGAGCCGAGGAAUGAAAAUAAAGAAGCUAAGCAGACUGAACAGAAGGCUAAACAACAUGUGAUUGCUCCAUCUGAAAAUAAGGAGCCUCUGUUGCCAGCACCAAAGCCCAUUCUUCAGAAGCCUGCUGGAGCUUCCUCAUAUGCUCAGUACAACAAUAGAGAACGAGGCCGUGGAAGAGGUCGAGGAAGAGCAAAUGUGCAAUCACGUCCUGUAGCCAAGUUUGCGGAGGACUUUGAUUUCAUGGCUAUGAACGAGAAAUUCAACAAAGAUGAAGUAUGGGGCCAUCUUGGUAAAAGCAAUGGACAGUUUAGUGACGAUCCAAAUGAGUAUGAAGACAAUGGUCUGGAAGACGAUGUGGUGUCUCCUGGAAAGCCGGAGGUUAAGCCUCUUUAUGUCAAAGACGACUUCUUUGAUUCACUCUCAAGCAACACAAUUGAUAAUGGAGCUAGAAAUGGAAGAAUCAAAUUCUCCGAGCAGAGAAAAAUAGACACAGAGACCUUCGGCGAUUCUGCAAGGCAUCGAUCUAUGGGCAUGCGUGGUGGAGGGAGGGGUGGUCCCCGUGGGGGUGGUCCUCGUGGUCGUGGUGGCUACUAUGGAAGAGGGUAUGGGUAUACAGGGAGGGGCCGCGGCUACUUUUACCCAAACCAGCAGCCAUGAGCUCUUGGUAAAGAAAAUGGUGGAUUUGCUUUCAGCAUUUGCAGCUAGCCUGUCUGAUGAAGCACUAAAUGAUCUAGCAGUUGAUAUGAUAAUUUAAGGAUUGCCGCAUUGCGCUGACUGUGGAGGAGCACUGGUGGUUGUAAAAAUCUGUCUUGAGGGUUUUGAUGCUCAUUUUUCACUGUAUGGAUGUAUGAGCUAUAUUUCUCCAGGAUGGAGUGCGCAUUUAUGCAUUCUCAUUGCCGCACACUGGGAUUUGUUGUAUCAGCAGACUUGCUAUGGAGUUUGUGAAGUGCCUUGUACAAGUGUCAAACAUAGAAACUGGGCGCUCCUGUUUUAUCGUAUGCUACUUAUCUUGCCCCCAUCUUGUAGCUUGUGGUGCUCUUUGAAGAUUUUUAUUGUCCACUUUUUGGAUAUGUACCAGGCUUAAUAUUCUAACUGGCAUUGUAAGCUCUGACAUUUUACCGUGACACUUCACUGGAGAUGAAGAUUUGCUGGGCCUC